CAGCAAGGCAACUUCACGAACAGCUUCACGAAUCUUUUUUUUUCCUGCGAAUACCCAUCGCCAGAAUUUAUCUUGUUUUCAAAUCAGUCUUGUACUACUGUCACCAUGAUGCAACGAACAUUUCUCUUCGCGGCUCGCCGCAGUGCGCCAGCAGUCCGCUUCUUCUCCAACACAGCCGCGCGCGCCGCAAUCAACAAAAUCUACCCUUCAGCACAAGAAGCCAUCAAAGACAUGAAAUCAAACACAACAGUCCUCGUUGGCGGUUUCGGCUUCUCUGGUGUACCCAACACUCUUAUCAACGCUGUUCGCGACCGCACUGACCUCUCCAAUUUCACUGUUGUUAGCAACAAUGCGGGCAUGCCAGGCGUUGGGCUGGGCCAGUGGUUGGAUACCAAGCAGGUCGGCAAAAUGAUUGCGAGCUACAUCGGCGACAACAAGGUGUUCGAGGGCAUGUAUCUGAAGGGCCAGUUGGAUUUGGAAUUGACUCCUCAGGGGACGAUUGCGGAGAAGUGCGCUGCUGGAGCUGCUGGAGUACCGGCUUUCUACACUCCCGCUGCUUAUGGAACGAUAGUCCAAACUGGCGAGCUCCCCGUGCGCUACAACACCGACGGCACCAUCGCGAAAAUGGCGCCACCAAAAGAGACCCGCGAAUUCAAUGGCAAAGCCUACGUAAUGGAAGAAGCCAUCUUCGGCGACUACGCCUUCGUAAAGGUCGCAAAAGCCGACCGUCUCGGUAACUGCACGUUCCGCAAGGCGCAGAACAACUUCAACGAAGCCAUGGGCAAAAACGCGAAGAUGACGAUUGUCGAAGCAGACGAGAUUGUCGAGGACGGCGUCAUUGCGGCUGAGGAGAUCCACCUGCAGGGUAUCUACGUGAAGAGGGUGAUCAAGAGCACCGAGGAGAAGAAGAUUGAGCGAUUGGUGCAUUACAAGGAUCCUGAAGCGCAGAAGAAGGCCAUCUUGGAAGGAGGUUCUUCCGAAGCCGCCCAAAAGCGCGAACGCAUCAUCAAGCGCGCCGCUCAGGAGCUCAAAGACGGCAUGUACGUCAACCUCGGCAUCGGAAUGCCUCUCGCAGCCCCUGCCUUCCUCCCCAAAGGCGUCGAAAUCAUCCUCGAGUCCGAGAACGGUAUCCUCGGUAUGGGAGGGUACCCCAAGCCUGGCGAGGAGGACCCAGACCUGAUCAAUGCUGGCAAAGAGACGGUGACGUUGAUCAAGGGUGCCUCGACAUUCGGCAGCCACGAGAGCUUUGGCAUGAUUAGAAGUGGACGCAUUGAUGUGGCCAUGUUGGGUGCCAUGCAGGUUAACGCAUAUGGAGAUCUCGCAAACUUCAUGCUCCCCGGUAAAGUCAAGGGAAUCGGUGGAGCUAUGGACCUCGUAGCCAACCCCUCGCAAACAAAGGUCGUCAUCACCAUGGAGCACACCGAUAAGAAGGGCGGCCCUAAGAUCCUCAACCAAUGCACGUUCCCGCUCACAGGACAGAAAUGCGUAUCUACUAUCAUCACUGACCUUGCUGUCUUUGAUGUCAGCCCUACCGAGGGUUUGACAUUGAAGGAGGUUGCGAAGGGAGUGUCGGUUGAGGAAGUGAAGAGCAAGACUGAGGCACCGUUCAAAGUUGCUGACGACUUAAAGGAGAUGGAUGUCUGAGUGUGUUUGGCUCGAAUGCAGGAAGGGGCCGAGGCAGGGAAGUAUCCGCAUUUGCAUUCACAUCUUUCCUUUUGGGUUGUUCCAUUCACAAGUAUACUCCUAUAUAUUUUUUCUCCUUUUUCCUCAUGCAAUUGUUCAUUAUUCAGCGAAGCAUUUGGCUCUGGCGCUCGAAGAAAAAAAAUAUUUACUUUGUCCUGGAAUAGAUACCAAACAACAUCUUCCUCAAACAUGUCUGCUUCAGCCCCAAUGAUGCUACACGCGUACAUUAACGGAAUUAUAAUCAUGCGUCGUUUUGAUCGAAUUCAUGAUGGCAGAAUCCAUCAGAGCAUUGGGAUCCCAAUUUACCAGCUUGACCAAACCCCCAAAGCUACCCAAAACACCUACGCAACAGCUAACACAGCUACACCUCCACGCCCCACAUCCCCCCCCUCCCAUCCC